CAAAUUAAUUAAACCCUUCAUUCAUUCAUUUUCUUUAUUUUCUUCGUGGCGUGCUCAUCGCUCAUCACCAUCUCUCUCACUAAUCUCUCUUUAGUAGUAGUGAGCGUGUGGAGUGGAUAAAUAAUGAGACUAGUUAAUUAAUCAAUUAGCAGUGUAGUACUAUUCUCAUUCUCAUUCUGAUGGGCAUGGCUCCGAAUCCGUUGAACAUGAAGAAACAAACUCCGAAGAUAGCACCUUCUUCUUCUCAAGAUAUUCUCGUCCGUGAAACGCUGCGUAUCAGUGCCGAAUUGGCCUCCACACCCCUCCUCGAUACCACGCCGCUUCAAUCCACAUCCGCCUCCACCUUGAGAUUCAUUUGCUGCGAAGAAAUCGAUGGCCGCCGAUGGAAGUACGUCGCCGAAACUGAUUCCUCCGGUCAAUUCAAGAAUAAUUCAUUUCGCUCUCUCAGCUUGCAAACCCCUAAGCCUCCAAUUGAUGAAUUGACGUCGUUCAUUCGAUCCUAUGUGGUUCCCGAAGGUUUCCCUGACAGUGUUACCCCUUCCUAUGUCCCCUACAUGACUUGGAGGGCUCUCAAGCACUUUUUUGGUGGAGCAAUGGGCGUUUUCACUACUCAAACCCUUUUGAGUUCAGUUGGCGUCUCUAGAAACAGAGCCACUCCUGGGGCUGUCGCAAUCAAUUGGAUUCUCAAGGAUGGGGCUGGUCGUGUGGGAAAGAUGCUUUUUGCUCGGCAAGGAAAAAAAUUUGAUUAUGAUCUCAAACAGCUGCGGUUUGCUGGUGAUCUUCUAAUGGAGUUGGGUGCUGGGGUGGAAUUGGCAACUGCUGCAGUGCCGCAUCUAUUUCUUCCUUUGGCUUGUGCCGCUAAUGUAUUAAAGAACGUUGCUGCUGUAACAUCAACAUCAACUAGGACACCAAUUUACAAAGCCUUUGCUAAAGGAGAAAACAUAGGGGAUGUCACUGCUAAAGGAGAAUGUGUUGGCAAUAUUGCAGACCUGUUUGGCACUGGUAUGAGCAUAUUGAUUGCCAAAAGGAAUCCAUCACUUAUCACCACCUUUUCCCUCCUUUCGUGUGGAUAUAUCCUUAGUUCUUAUAGAGAGGUAAAAUCUGUGGUUUUGCACACACUUAACUCCGCAAGAUUCAGUGUGGCAGUAGAGUCCUUCCUCAAGACAGGACGAGUUCCCACUUUGCGGGAGGGCAAUUUGAACGAGGACAUAUUCAGUUUUCCAUGGAAAGAUAAGCCUGUUGUCCUCGGAUCAAGAAUCAAGGAUGCAUUCCAAGACCCUAGUGCAUAUGUUGCCAUAGAGCCCCUGUUUGACAAGGAGAGGUAUAUUGUGACAUAUAACCCUUCAAAAUGUAAGGUCCAUGCUGUGCUGAAGGAUCAGGCAAAAUCAGAGGACAUUCUAAAAGCUGCAUUCCAUGCUCAUGUGCUCUUGAGUUUUAUAAAAUCAUCGAAUGAAAGUAAGGUCUCGUCUUGGAAGGAAAUGGAGGAUCUUAAUUCAAAUGUGAUGCUCACAGUUGCUGAUCUCGAGGCUUGUAUUGCUGAUUCUUGCAAGAUUGUCACAAAUUCUUAUUGGCUUUUCAAGAAUAAAGCUCACGAACAGGGUUGGACAAUGUCAGAAUCACUUCUAAAUCCUGGGCGAGCUAGGUUGUGUCAAGUUGAUAAUAGAUAAUACUAACAUAUCCUCAGCUGGAUGCUGUUGGAUUUUGAGUGCAGUUAUUGGGCCUGCUCUGGAUGAGAUAUGAGUCAGGCAAUUUCCACUCUGUAAAGAGGAGUCGCAAUCCUUAAGUUGAGUCAUGCUAUCUUUGAUCCUUACAAAAUCCAAAUGAACUUUCCGCAGGAUGCAUGCAUACAUAACUUUAAACAGGAUUUAGUUAUAUGAUUGAGUUGUUAGCAUGACUGCGUACUACUGCAUACAUACCAAUAAUGUGACCUUUAAAAAAUUGUGUUGCUAUGUUGUUUCUAUAUAUAUAUUUUUUGUUUGUACUUGUAGUGUUUUUUUUUGCAGUGGUCACCCUGUUAUAAGUUUUAGUUUCAAUUUUGAAGUUGAUUUCAUAAACUUGAUGUAUAAACGAUAAAAGAUCAAUGUAAUAUUCAUGAUUUGUAGUUGUAAUUUGAACUGUGCAA